GAAGAAGCGGAGACCCUCGACGAGCUCCUCAGCGACUACACCAAGCGGGGCUUCUGCACUGUGGUAGGCUCCGCAAAAGAAGCGCGGGAGAAGCUGGGCGGCGAGCCAGUCCUCAACAAGCUCGGGGUCCUCGUGAAGGAAAAGACCGACGCCCACGGCAACAAGGAGCUGGCGGCCUCCGACCUCGCCGUGGUCCUGCUGUGGACGGCGGUCGCGGGCUUCCCCAUCAAGCUCUCCAAGGCCACCGGGGGCAAAGAGAUUGAAUGGGCCCUUCUCCGAGACACAGAGAAGUUUCUGAACAAGCCGGUCAUAGGGGCACGGGAGCUCCGCUCCUACGCCGGGGCGCUCUCUUUCGUGGCCGGCCUCGUCCCGCACCUCCGGCCCUUUCUGGCUACUUUCUGGGCGGCGCUCUCGAGACAUGAUGUGACUAAUGAGGGCAAACCUUUGAGGAGAACCCGACACCUCAUACAUGUCAAGAGGGUGAGCCCGGCACUUCGCUGGGUAAGGGCCCUGCUGUCGGGGAGAACCACAAUCGAGAGAGUGUUCUACGCGGACCCGCCCCACUCGGACCUGGAGAUCGUCACCGACGCCUCGCCAUGGGGCAUGGGAGCUAUCCGGCGCGUGGGGGGCAAACCGACGGGGUACUACUACACUCAUAUCCCCGACGCGGUCCUCCACAAGUUCAAGGCAGAGAGGGGCCUGCCUAAGUACAAUACGUUGUGGGAAGGCCUGGCUCUGUUGGCCGCCUUCAGGCUUUGGCUCCCGGCUUUGGCCCAUGGAUCGCUGUUCCGGGCAAGGUCGGACAACCUCGGCUUCCUCAAAGCGCUUUCGAAAGGCAGCGCCAGGUCGGCAGAGCUCAAUGUGCUGGCCCGGGAGUUCGCCUUCGACCAAGCGACCCGCGCCUAUCAGACCAAGGGGCUGGAGCACAUCCCGG